ACAGGGGUGCCCUUGAAAGUUCCUGACAGAAGUGUGACCCCGGCCGCUGGGCCUCGGGGAGCGCAGUGCAGGGCUCGAAGCUUUCGUCUGUGAGCUGGGAAACUCCCCUGCCAGCACCGUCCUCUCUGAGGCCGCCUCGCAGGUGCCACGAUGCAGGUGAAGAAGUACCUGGUCAAGUGCCUGCACCGGCUGCAGAAGGGCCCCGGCUACACCUACAAGGAGCUGCUGGUGUGGUACUGCGACAACACCAACACCCACGGCCCCAAGCGCAUCAUCUGCGAGGGGCCCAAGAAGAAGGCCAUGUGGUUCGUGCUCACGCUGCUCUUCGCCUCCAUCGUCUUCUGGCAGUGGGGCGUCUUCAUCAGGACCUACCUGAGCUGGGAGGUCAGCGUCUCGCUCUCCGUGGGCUUCAAGACCAUGGACUUCCCCGCCGUCACCAUCUGCAACGCCAGCCCCUUCCAGAAUGCUAAAGUCAAGCAUUUGCUGGAGGACCUGGAUCAGCUGAUGAAAGCCGUCCUGGAGAGGAUCGUGGCUCCCGAGCUACCCCUUGCCAACGCCACCAGGGCCCUGAACUUCACCCUCUGGAACCAUACGCCCCUGGUCCUUAUUGACGAGCGGAACCCCCACCACCCUGUGGUCCUCGACCUCUUUGCAGACAAUCGCAGUGUCUCGGCGAGCGGCAGCCCAGCACCCGGAAGGGCCUGCAAUGCCCAGCAGUGCAAAGUGGCCAUGAGGCUGUGCUGCCUCAACGGGACCGUGUGCACCUUCCGAAACUUCACCAGUGCCACCCAGGCCGUGACAGAAUGGUACACCCUGCAGGCCACCAACAUCUUCUCCCAGGUGCCAACCCAGGAGCUGGUGAAGAUGGGCUACUCGGGCGAGCAGCUGAUCCUGGCCUGCCUGUUCGGGGCCGAGCCCUGCAGCUACAGGAACUUCACCUCCCUCUUCCACCCUGACUACGGCAACUGCUACAUCUUCAACUGGGGCAUGGCCGAGCGAGCGCUCCCCUCCUCCAACCCCGGAGUGGAGUUCGGCCUGAAGCUGAUCCUGGACCUGGGCCAGGAGGAGUAUGUGCCCUUCCUCACGUCCACGGCCGGCGCCCGGCUGCUGCUCCACGAGCAGAGGUCGUACCCCUUCGUCAAAGAGGAGGGCAUCUAUGCCAUGUCGGGGACGGAGACAUCCAUCGGGGUGCUGGUGGACAAGCUGGAGCGAAAGGGCAAGCCCUACAGCCAGUGCACGGUGAACGGCUCCGACGUCCCCAUCCGCAACCUCUACAGUGACUACAACACCACCUACUCCAUCCAGGCCUGUAUUCGCUCCUGCUUCCAAGACCACAUGAUCCAGAACUGCAGCUGCGGCCACUACCUGUACCCCCUGCCCCGAGGGCAGAAAUACUGCAACAACCAGGAGUUCCCAGACUGGGUCUACUGCUACUCGCAGCUGCGCCAGAGCCUGGGCCAGAGGGAGGCCUGCAUCCGGAUGUGCAAGGAGUCCUGCAAUGACACCCAGUACAAGAUGACCAUCUCCAUGGCCGACUGGCCUUCUGAGGCCUCUGAGGACUGGAUUUUCCAUGUCUUGUCUCAGGAGCGGGACCAAAGUACUAAUAUCACCUUGAGCAGGAAGGGAAUUGUCAAACUCAACAUCUACUUCCAAGAAUUCAACUAUCGUACCAUUGAGGAGUCAGCAGCUAAUAACAUCGUCUGGCUGCUCUCGAAUCUGGGCGGCCAGUUUGGCUUCUGGAUGGGGGGCUCGGUGCUGUGCCUCAUUGAGUUCGCGGAGAUCGUCAUCGACUUCCUGUGGAUCACCGUCAUCAGGCUGGUGGCCUUCUCCAAGAACACCAACUUUGCCUUCCAGCCUGACACGACCAACCCUGGGGCCUACCCCGAUGAGCAGACCCUGCCCAUCCCGGGCACCCCGCCCCCCAACUAUGACUCCCUGCGUCUGCAGCCACUGGAUGUCAUUGAGUCUGACAGUGAGGGUGAUGCCAUCUAGGCCUUGCUCCUGCCCCUGCCCCUGCCCCUGGCCCCUGCCUCUGCCCAACCUGGGCAGCCCAAGAACUCGGACCUGAGGAGCCGAGACCAGGGCCCAAGGCCUCAUUCCAUCGUGCCCUCUCCAAAGGGCCGACAGGUGUCUGGUCGAGUCUGUCUCUUGCAGAGAGUCCCAGCAGUCCCAACUCCAGGCCGAGGGUGUCGUGGGGAAUUGUGUGCUCGGUUGGUUUCUGCCCACCCCAACCUCAAGCCAGGCUCCAGAGACCCGAGGACACCUUCCCUGGGGGCCGGCCGCUUCCCUCCAGCCAGUCGGCGUCUGCUCCGAAGCCAGGCCACCCCCAGAACCUGCGGCCUUUCCUUCCUGGUGGCUGGCCUCCAGGGUGGGAUCGGUGAGGGCAGUGGCUGUGCAGAGCAGGGGAGCAUCAGGCGGGGGUGGGGCUGGCUGCCAGGUGGCACGUGUUUUAUUCUAGAAAAUAAAAGUAGAAAACAC